AUGAACACUAACAACGGUGAACCUACAAAAGAAACAAAGGAAGAGGUAGCAACUUCCCCAACUCCUAUUAAUGAUAGUACUAAUGAUGCUAUGGAAACAAAGGAAGAGUUAGAAACUACCCCUAGUAAUGAAAGCACCAAUGUUACUAAUGAGACAAAGGAAGAGUUAGCAAGUGUUUUUCAAGCUACCAUACCAAACGCUCAUCAUAACUCUCAAGCAAAUAUGGAGGUUUUCAUCAGUCUUCUUGAUCAAUUUAGAAUUGACAACAUUAAGGAGAGGAACAGAUAUCAAGAAGAAAUGAAGACACUUCAAGGUGAAAUGAAGUUAAUGGCAAAGCAGCAACAGGAUCAAACAGAGAAGACAGAAAAGAAGCAUCAAGAAGAAAUGAAGACACUCCAAGGUGAAAUGAAGUUAAUGGCAAAGAAGUAUCAAGAAGAAAUUAAGACACUUCAAGGUGAAAUGAAGUUAAUGGCAAAGAAGCAUCAAGAAGAAAUGAAGACACUCCAAGAUGAAAUGAAGUUAAUGGCAAAGAAGUAUCAAGAAGAAAUUAAGACACUUCAAGGUGAAAUGAAGUUAAUGGCAAAGAAGCAACAGGAUCAAACAGAGAAGACAGAAAAGAAGCAUCAAGAAGAAAUUAAGACCCUCCGAGGUGAAAUGAUAUCUUUGAAAAAGGAUCACAAAGGAGAAAUCAGCAAUCUUACUGAAUUUGUGAAGCACCUUGAAGAUGAAGUGAAGUACCUUAAGGAUCUUAUUGACAAGAAUGAAAAGGAACAACAAAUUGUUACUAAUAAUUGGAAGGAUUUGAUUGCCGAAAAAGAUAAGAAAAUCUUACAUCUUCAAUGUAACGAACCUUUUAGCAAAGGAGUUUGUGGAUGCAAAUGUGGUGUUUGUCGUCAAUGUAUGGGACAUUCCUCAAUUAGCCAAUGA